AAAGUGUCCAAAUGGGUGGAGAUGGAUGAAGGGUGCAGCCAAAGGAGGAGGGCGGGAAGGUGGGGUUGCGAGGUGUGCGGGGCGCUAAAGAAACCAAAGCAGGUGUGCAGAGCGUCAGUGCAGCGCUGGUCAUGACCGCAGCUCCGUGCUGAACGCUGCUGACGGGAGCCGACAGCCAGGAGCCGCCAGGGACUCAGGAUGGUGAGGUGCUGGACGCGGUCGGAGAACCGCUCGGAGGAGGAGGAGGAGGAGUGCACGGACGGGGGAUCGUCCCACUUCCAGCACAAGGCGUUCUGGGUCAGCCUGUCCGCCCUCCUGCUGCUGAUCUUCGUCGCUCUGGGACUGAUCGUCCCCCUCCGGCUGUCUCAGCCCCCCUCUCAGCUUCUACAGAUCGUAAGAAUCUCCGCUCCGGAUCAGGCCGGAGCUCUAAUCAACCAGUCCGCAGUCGUGGACCAGCAGAACGACCUGGUGACCUUCUCUGUGACCUCACCUGCAAACCAGACGUCCACCGUGCUUUUUGACAUCAAACACGGUUGGAUCUGCUACAAACCCGCCAACCAGGAGAGCUGCUUCUUGCAGGAGAUGGAGCAGUCGGAUCACGACAACGUGAACUCGCUCUUCCAGGACUCAUCGCUCCAGAGCCACUUCCAGCUCUCUGGGAACGGGACGCAGAGGCAGACGGAGUUCCUGGGGGUGCUAGCGUCCGGUCAGGUGAACACGUCCUCGCUGGAGGAGCCCCUCAGGGCUCUGUGUCGGGGCGGGUCGGUCCACUGGACCCGCAGGGCCGACGGUCCGAGCAAACAGCGGCUGGUUUACUUCUGCAUCGACAUCUGCUUUCCCAGCAACAUCUGCGUCUCCGUCUGCUUCUACUACCUGCCCGAGUGACUGCGCAGCUUCCCUGCACUUAAAGUUUUCCUUUUUCUGCUUCCCUCAUAAAAUCCAUCCUGUUGUCACCAGUAAACCAACAAAACGUCCUGUAGUAGAAAUCCCUUUUUGUUACCGUGUUUUGUCAAAUAAAAUGAACACAGUUGGUUCCUUUAGUCUCAUUUCUCUUUAUUUAAAAGAAGACAGUUUUCUGUACAAGCUUUGUUUCCUCUCCUCAUCAGGAAACACUAAGUGAUGAAGCAGCUCUGUGGCGCCUCCUGCAGGCCAGAAGCAGGGAUGACUGUGGUCCUUUAGCCUUAAUAAAUAUACGGACAUUUCUCAUUGCUUCCGUCUUUCUUAAGGAUUCAUAAAAAUCAAAUAAACCUCUAGUUGUCACUUUUGUGCUGCUGAACCCCUCAGCGUUUUGUUCAAACAAACGAGCUGACUUCCAGCUGAUGGCGUGUCUGACUUCCUGUCCGUCAAGCUCCGCCUCUUCAGCCGAGCACACUGUCGUUGAAGGCCAGACACACCACGGCCUUCUGGUGGCCGCUGUACUCCCUCUUGAUUUCGCCGGUCUCGACGCACCACAGACGAGCCAGAUUAUCCGAAGACGCUGCGGAGCAAAAACUCAACGUUACCUCCAUUUUUUAGCUUCAGUUGAUUCGCUCUACAUUUUGAAGAAGAAGAGGGAUUAUUAGGACUGGGAUUUGAGUCCUGGACUGAGAGAACUAGAUUGUUUUUCCAAUUUCUUUUCUUACUGCGCAUCCACAUACUCAAAAACUCACCAAAAUUUGCUCACCCCUACGACCCCUUUCCCCAAAAAGUAAAAAAAAGUUAUGACAUCACAGCAGGACAAACUAUCAAAAAUCUCUUAGAGGGCUGAAAAAAAGUUAAAAUCCACAAACUAAACCAAAUCGAGCAUCAUUGGGAAGCUACUUGGGAAAAAAUAUUGGAAAUAAAAUUUGUAGACUUCGAAUAGCAUUAGUGUGGCGAGCUAGCAAAAGUGGUGUUUGUGUAUGGCUUGCACAUUGUUUGGCAAAAUAAUGUGAAAAUUGAAUCAAUAAAUCCCUAGCUCAAGCUGAACAAAACAAUAUAACAUACGAUAUGUUCAUAUUAGGAAUGUGGGCGUGAUUAGCAAAUAACCUCAGUUGCCAAUGUAAUCCAAAAAUUUACUUUUGCCGAUUUUUCUUAAAAUUACAUAGAUCUGUUCGUCAUCCCUAGGUGACCAAAAGUUAAAAUGGUUGCUAUGGAGAUAAACCUAUGGAAACGCCGCCAUUUUGGAAAAAAGUGUUUUUCAUUGUCGUUGUCCCCCCGGAAAAGAAAAAAAAUAAAUAAAUAAAAAAAGAAAAAGAUUACAUCCCAGUGGGGGAAACCAUAAAAAUGCAUGGGGCUAAAACAUUUUUCAAAAUCCACUAUCAACGAAACCAGAACACGUGUUCCAAAGAAAGUAAAAAAA